AUGGCCAAGGUUACAGUGCUCCUUUUCAUGAGUAUAUACAUUACGGUGACAGUAAGUCAGAAUUUAUACCCACCAUCGUGGGAUCCCUAUUGCGACGUUACCAUUUCCACAGAAUUCGUCAAUAUCACAUGUAACCUAAAACCUGAAGACCAAAAAUUACUGACAUUAAAAGAUCUGAACGAUUACACUAAUAACACAGCAGCUAAUGUGAAGUAUUCGGUACUAUGGAAAUGCAGUCCCAAUGCCAGCGUAACAAUGAGAUUACCGAUGCAAAUUCACAAACUGUACAGUCUGAAAGUGUUUGGUUGUCGUAUUUUCGAGUAUUAUGAUGAUUGGAACCACCAGUCACUUGGAAGCAUCAAAGAUAGCCUAGUAUAUGAAGAAAUUGCAGAUUGUACCCUCGUGUUUCAUAUCCUCCCACUUCUGCUUUCUCUUGACAAUUUUCAAAAUGUUUCAAACGAUUGGAUGUGUGGUCCUGAUACAACCAUUAAACAAUCUAUUUCUAGAAACAUUACAUCAGUUAUUAUAGAACCCAAUCAGAAUGACUUUGACAAUUUAAGCAAUGAAACUAAAUUAUAUGUACAAAAAAUCCUGUUUAACAUAUUGAUUGCAAACUCAAGUGUUGUACCUGAUCCAUUUCAAUGGUGGAAUAUCAAGAAUAUUGUUGAUUUCGAUUAUCAACCAGAAUGCAAUUACCAAAAGUUAGAAGUUCUUGAAGUGGUAAUGAGUGAAACAUUGCAUACUCAAAACCUAAAUAUUAUUUUCAAAAGCGUCAAAAGACAAUAUCCAAACAUGAGAGUAUUCAAUUAUUCAUACAACGGCUAUCAACUGUUCCCGCAAGAAUGGAAAGAAAACAUGCAUAAAUUUCCUAAACUGGAAUAUAUCGACUAUAGCUAUAAUUUAAUAUCUGAUAUUUGGAAUGUGAAUCGCUUUUGGGAUGAUUAUCCUGGUCGACAUGUAGUUUUAGAUCUUCGUUAUAACAACAUCACCACAUUGACCACUGAAACAAUCUCCAAAUGGACAGAACUUCAAGACAUUACACUGAACAUACGAGGAAAUCCUUUGGAUUGCGGAUGUUUUAAACAAGAUUUCCUGAACGCAGUUCAAGAUGACACCUUCUUUGAUGGUAAGAUGCAGAAAUAUAAAUAUAUACAAAACAUGAAAUGUGCUAGUCCAGCAACUGCUAGGGGUAUCAAAAUAAUUAAUUUGAGUAAAGCUGAGAUGGGCUGUGAAAUUCCACCGGACGAUUUAACAAUUUAUUUAGUUGUAUUAGGAGUAUUGGCUGUCGUCUUGAUUGUUUGUUUAAUUCUUUUAUUCAAAUUCCGUAAAGAGAUUAAACUCCUCCUGUACGUGAAAUUUAAAGUUUUGUUUCCCUGGGACGUUGACAAGUCUGCAGAGAUGAAACGAUUUGAUGCCUUCAUAUCUUACAGUUCGUCUGAGAGUCAGUGGGUGUUAGGUCAUCUCGUCCAAAAGUUGGAGUCACCGUUUGAAUCCCACGAUGCCUUGUCUUUAUGUAUACAUGAAAGGGAUUUCAUCUGUGGAAAAAGCAUCCUUCUGAACAUCAUUGACAGCAUUGAAAAUAGUCGCCAUACCAUCGUAGUUUUAUCUCGCAAAUUUAUUCAAAGUGUUUGGUCAAUGGCAGAAUUCAAAGAGGCUUACGAAGAAAGUGUUACUAAGAAACGCCGCCAUUUGAUUAUCAUAAAAUAUGAAAGUAUACCGGAAGCAGAAUUGGACUCAAUGUUGAAACGUUGUAUUAAGAGUUUUACCUAUAUUGAUGUGAACGAUCCCAGGUUCAUAGACAGAUUGAGAUUUUCUCUUGCCACAAAAAGUAAAUAA